UCAGUUUCAUAGGGAUCAUCGACUGCCCAUAGGCAAUGUCCUUUUAAAGGAUUGUAGGUGAAGGGGUUCUAAAAAUGCUGAGCGGAAAAAGUAAGAUUUUAAUGUGACCUUGACCUUUGACAUUCAAGUCUCAAAUUUAAUACCAGUCAUUUAUCAUAUAUGAGUAAUUGGUCAGAUAUGUUUGAGGAUUGUAUGUCAAGGUAUACUAACUUAGGUUUAUGUACGUACAGUCACAUUGACUUCGACUUUCAACCAAUGUAACGUUUUUAAAAUAAGUACGACCGUUUACUGUCACAUCAGUCAGCAAUUAAGGUUUAAGGACCAUAGAUCAAAGAAUUCUUAAGAUUAUAAGCAGAAACAAAAUUACGAACAGGAAGUAGGCGAACAGACUACAGACGGACAGACCUACGCCAUCACAUUAUACUGGGCUUCCGGUAUGUAAAAUACUGAAGAACUUGUUUAAUUCUGUAUGUAAAGUUAGAAAAUGAAAAUGAUGUUAUAAAUGACAUAUACUGUAACAAAAUAUAAAGUGAAAUAAUAUUCUACGACUGCACUAUCUACCAUUUUAAAGAGUUUUACUAAAACCCCAAGCAUUGCCUUUUUAGUUAAUGUUACAAAUACACAAAACUGAAUCUAUUGUAUAUAUUUCACUUUGUUUCAAUAAUAUUUCAUAGACACUUGAUUUUUAAACCAAAUUUUGUUACUCUUAUUCAGGGAACUUCAAGAAGAAAACGUAUAUGCUUCCACAUACCACAUGAUGCCAUAUGAAAAACUUUCAACGCAUAUAGCUAUCAGCGAUCUUCAAAAACUAGCUAUAUAUAAACAUUCUGGGACGUUGGACAUAUUGAGGAAAGGACGAUUUCACCUUAAUGAUUGGGAAGAGAAGUACAUUGUAAUUUGUAAAGGUCAUUCGAUUACAUGGAACAUGUGUUGCUAUCCAAAAAGAUUUGCAUCAACAGCGGAUAUGACCUUUUCAAUGUUAGAAAUUGAAAGUGCCUUGGACUAUGAUGAUGAAAAUGUGAUUGGAAUUACCAUCAAAUUCGUGGACCCAACAAAAUCCCCAAUGGUCUUUAGAUGCGAUACCAAGGUUAAAAGAAAGAUAUGGAGAGAACACUUUAAUACAGCCAUUCUGGAAGCACACAAUGACAGCGGUUAUGCGAGUGGAGGAUCGGUAUCACAAGGCACAACUAGACAAAGCACAGGUUACGAUACCAUCGCAGAUGUGGAUAAAGAAUGCAUAUCAGAAGCAGUUAACAUUAUGGGAAAAGAAAAUGAACUUGAAGUUACAAAAGACAGAGAGGGACAAAGAAGCUCUGAUGAAACUUACGUAAAGAAAGUCUUUUCACCUCCCGUCCAGGAGACAGAAAACGCAGCGAAACAUGGUCAGAAGAAACUGCCUGAGAACACAGAAAUACAGAUGUCUUCCAAAAAGAAGAAUUCACAUACACAUGCUCAAACAGAAAAAACUUUCGAACGAGUCGCUGACGCCGAAUAUUUAUGUACAAAUCCUAAUUUCAGUAUGACGCAAAUGGAAAAUUUAAAAUCACGUUUACCUAAGCCGGGUGAUAGAAGUGAUGACCACUGUCAUCUUGACACAAACGAAAUAGACCAAGCUGCAGCACAGACUCAACACAGUAAGAAUGUUGAUGGUACAGCUCUUACGUUACCUACAGGGCCUCCACUUUCAUCUGAUAUAACUGGUACAGUGUCUUCCUCAUCGUUUUGUUUUGUGAAGGGAUACUCAGACACCAGUUUAGAACAUUCGUCAGCUGAUGAUCAACAUUUGCAAACAGCAGGUGCGGAUUCAGACUCAUCUAUUAAAGGGGAUGUUUUAAGUCAGACAUUUGUAAAGGAAAAAACGUCGCAUUCAGCAGUGAAAGGGUCAAUGAAUACUGUGGGAAGGCAAAACGAAAGUCUUACAGAUCCCACUUCUAUAAACACUGCACCUUUUUUUAUAUGUAGAUGAUGCAACGUGCCUUUCUUCUCCGAACGAGAUUAGACCGAGUACAGUCAAGUCUCAGAACAAAAAGUUCAUUGGAACGGAAACAUAUUCAUCAAAUAAAGACUGCCUUAUGUCGUCUACACAUAAACCAUCAGUAUUAUCUGCGAAAGCGGAUGCACAAACUUCUUUACAUAGAACAGAGGCAAUUGUACGCAAACCUGAAGAUGAUACUCACGAACACACUGACAAUAUCAGCACACAAAAUAUCAACGGUUACAAUGGAGAAAGCCGAAGGAAUGAGUUUGGCAAUAAAGAAGAUGGUAGCGACCUGCAUAGCACAAAAAGUGCCAGUAGUUUUAGCAGUAGUGAUAGUAACGCGUCUCUUACAAUUCCAGACGAGGAUGCCGGUAACGAAAAUGAAAAGAUUUUUCAAAAAGACGCAUAUUUUUGUUCCGGGCAGAAGAAUGUUAAGCAAAUAAUGAAGAAUGAGUCGAUCGGAACAUUUCUUGUAUGCUAUGGAAAACAACAAAAAAUGAAAAUAUAUGUCAUGACCCCAAGUGGUGUUGAACAUUUUCGUAUUUAUACAGAGGUGAAUAAAUGUUCGCUUUAUGAAGAUUUUUCUAAUCAAGUUCUACAUAAUUUGGACUCUUUACUUUCUUAUUAUCACAAUAACAAUUUACCGUCCAAAAAUUGUGAAGUUAAACUCAAAAGAGGAUAUAAUGAAGACAAAUAUUAGCCAGUGAUGGUGCAACUGAAGAAAAUUGGAAAGUUUUCAGCAUUUAAAUAUUUUCCGUAUAAAAAAUGUCUGGUGUUCUAAACGUACAUAAAAAGUUAUACAUACCAGUAAGUGAUCGAUGGUCCAGUAGCAAAACACUUAAGACUAUGGACCAAGAGGACACGGAUUCAAUCUGAAAGUUUAGCAGUAUUAUUUUAUCACGGGCAGGCACCUGGAUAGAACCACUGAUCUUCAGUAAUCCAUGAAGAAUUAAACGCCCCGAGUCAGGCUCGAACCAACAUAGGUGAGAGGCAUAUGAUUCAAAAUCAAUCAGCGACCUUAACCACUCGGGCACGGAUGCCCCAUCUCUCCAUGUAAUGCACAUUUGAAUGUGCAUAUCAUGAAAUGGCUGUUAUAUAAAUUUUGGUUGAAUGUAAUAUCAAUAUCAAUAAAAGUUGUGGUAUA